GUUGUGCGCAUGCGCCCUCGCACAGUACUGCAGAGGGCUCGAGCAGCUACAGGAAUGUCGGUUAUUUCAAACACUGACUCAGUAGGUCCCUGGACUCGAGCUUCUGUUGGGAAAAUGGUAGUUUUUGCGCUCUGUGAAUGAAACCGUGUAAGGUUCUGGGAAUUUAUAUCACUCGGGUUGCCAUGGCCUCUUUAACCGUCACUUCGGAGGCUCGGAGCGUCGAGAAGCAUCGAAAGUCCUUCUCGCUGCUCUUCUACCGGGCCGUGCGGGACCUAAAGCCGGUCUGGAUGUUGGAGGACAUGCGGACGAUGGAAACUUUUUACUUGGACGAGGACUCUAGCCAGAGGAUUUACAGCCCGUCGGAGGCGUUGCUGUACGCUAUAGUUCAUGACCACCAGGCGUACGCUCAGUACCUCCUCAGCCGAUACACGGAUGAAGCGCUAGCAAAACCCGGGGAGCGCUUCUGCCCCUGUCCGUCCUCCGCGCCUCACCUCGCUAUGGCUGUUCGCUACGACAGACGCUACAUUCUCGGCCUCAUCUUACAAGAAACCCACCGUAUAGCCAUUACCCCGUCCUACACGGACCGAGCCGGGUGUUUUCACAUCGAGGACGGAAGAACCCCGCUACAUCUGGCUUGCGAGCUUCUGCGUCCCGAGGCGGUCAUCUUGCUCCUGGGGAGCGGGGCGUCCCCGUACGCCCAAGACCACAACGGCCUGACCCCGCUGGACAUUACUUUGGAAAAGCUCAGAGACUCUACGGUGGUCAGAAGUGGGGAGAAAAGGCGGUGUCUGGACAACCUGCUCCUGUUUAUGCCAAAAGUUCGCUUCAAAAUGAAGGAAGCUCUGGUUGGAGAAUCGGAGCGCUGGAGCAAGAUGCUAGGCGAGGAGACCUACCUGUACCUGUCGGGAAGGAGCCCGGCGCCGUUGGUUCUCAGCGCCAUGCAGACUGUUCUACAGCAGCUGAGCCCUGCCAGCUUUCCGGACAGCCUACUCGAGCUGCCCAUUCCCUCCUCCCUCAAACCACCGGGACUGCCUGUGAGCCAGCGGGACAGGCAGAGGGUGGUGUAGCAUCAGUGACACAUGCAUGCCCUGUUUGGAUACUGCUGUUUUAGCAUGCUGUGUGUGAGCAUUUGAAGAUCCUGUAUGGCUAUUAUAGGCCUGAACAGAUAAAACACUAACAGUCAGGGAACAAAUAGACUAAAUUAAUGUGAUCUAAUGAUGCAACAUAAGCCACGCUGAUUCCACGGGAAGGAAUAAAAAAGCCAUACUGUAGGGUUUCACAUUGAUUCAGGUGCCAUGAAUCAUUUAUGUGUCUAUGAAAUGUUGUAUCGAGUAAUGAUACUGCAAGUGUAUUGUAUCAAAAGGACGGACAGACACUAAUACUGACCUGUGUUACUGAUGAAUUUAAUUUAUUAAAAUUAUAGUAUUUAUCAGCAACAUAAAGUAGUCAUAAGAAAAUGAUCAGGUGACUUGAAAACAUUUUGGAUCUCUGUCUUUGAAUAAAAUAAAAUUUAAGUGA